GGGGGUGGGGGGGAGCGGCGGCCGCGGGUGGUGCGGAGGGAGGCCUUGCGGGUGGAUCGGGCGCUUGGCGGCGGAGGUGGUGGGAGGCGGCGGGCGGGAGCGCGGGUCCGUCCGGCCCUGGCGAUGGCGGACGCGGCGGCCUCCCCGGUGGGCAAGCGGCUGUUGCUUCUGUUCGCGGACCCUACGGCCUCAGCUUCGGCCUCGGCCCCCACGGCGGCGGCGGUAGUGAGCGGAGAUCCUGGGCCUGCGCUGCGCACUCGGGCCUGGAGGGCCGGCACGGUGCGGGCCAUGAGCGGGGCGGUGCCCCAGGACCUAGCGAUCUUUGUGGAGUUUGACGGCUGUAACUGGAAGCAGCACUCCUGGGUUAAGGUUCACGCUGAAGACGUGCUUGCGCUUCUGCUGGAAGGCUCACUUGUUUGGGCUCCCCGGAAGGACCCCGUCCUUCUGCAGGGCACCCGAGUCCCAGUUGCCCAGUGGCCAGCCCUGACUUUCACCCCCCUAGUAGAUAAGCUGGGGUUGGGGUCUGUGGUGCCAGUUGAAUACCUUGUGGAUCGAGAGCUUCGUUUCCUGUCGGAUGCUAAUGGGAUGCAUCUGUUCCAGAUGGGAACAGAUGUUCAAAAUCAGAUUCUUUUAGAACAUGCUGCAUUAAGAGAGACAGUUAAUGCUUUGAUCAGUGACCAAAAGCUACAAGAGAUUUUCAGCCGAGGUCCCUAUAGUGUCCAGGGCCACAGAGUCAAGGUCUACCAACCCGAAGGAGAGGAAGUAUGGCUCUGUGGUGUUGUGAGCCGUCAGGACUCAGUCACCCGUCUUAUGGAAGUGUCUAUAACUGAGACUGGUGAGGUCAAGUCAGUAGAUCCCAGACUCACCCACGUGAUGCUGAUGGACAGCUCGACACCACAGAGUGAGGGGGGUACCAUAAAAGCAGUAAAAUCUUCCAAAGGAAAGAAGAAGAGAGAGAGCAUAGAGGGGAGAGAUGGCCGGAGGAGGAAAAGUGCUUCGGACUCUGGGUGUGACCCUGCUACAAAGAAAUUAAAAGGAGACAGGGGUGAAGUAGACAGUAAUGGGAGUGAUGGAGGUGAGGCAAGCCGAGGGCCCUGGAAAGGAGGUAAUGCCAGUGGAGAGCCAGGGCUGGAGCAGAGAGCCAAGCAGCCACCGUCUACAUUUGUUCCCCAGAUUAACCGCAACAUUCGCUUUGCCACUUACACCAAAGAAAACGGCAGAACUCUGGUGGUACAGGAUGAGCCUGUAGGUGGGGAUACGCCCGUCCCUUUCACUCCGUAUGCUUCAGCCACAGGUCAGACACCUUUGGCCCCAGAGGUAGGUGGAGCUGAAAACAAAGAGGCGGGAAAAACGCUGGAACAAGUUAGCCAGGGCAUGGUGGCUUCAGCAGCUGUAGUCACUACCGCCAGCUCCACCCCAACCACGGUGAGGAUCUCAGACACUGGCCUUGCAUCAGGGACUGGGCCGGAAAAACAGAAAGGCAGCUGGUCGCAGGCCUCAGGAGAGAAUUCAAGAAAUUCUAGUCUGGCCUCUUCUGGAUUUGGAGUGUCUCUCUCAAGUUUGUCACAACCAUUGACUUUUGGAAGUGGACGGAGCCAGUCCAAUGGAGUUUUAGCCACAGAUAACAAGCCUUUGGGCUUCUCUUUCAGCUGCAGCUCUGCAUCAGAGUCUCAGAAGGACUCCGAUCUCUCCAAGAACUUGUUUUUUCAAUGCAUGUCCCAAAAUGUACCCAGCACUAACUACCUGAGCAGGGUUUCAGAGAGCGUGGCCGAUGACUCCUCGAGCAGGGAUUCCUUCACACAAAGCCUCGAGAGCCUGACUUCAGGCCUGUGUAAAGGCAGAUCUGUUCUCGGAGCAGAUACUCAGCCAGGUCCCAAGGCCGGCAGCUCUGUGGACCGAAAAGUGCCUGCAGAGUCCAUGCCCACCCUUACUCCAGCCUUCCCACGGAGUCUCCUAAAUACCCGCACCCCAGAGAAUCAUGAAAAUCUAUUUUUACAGCCCCCGAAACUGUCCCGAGAAGAACCUUCUAACCCUUUCCUGGCGUUUGUGGAGAAAGUGGAACACAGCCCUUUCAGCAGCUUUGUGUCUCAGGCAUCAGGUAGCUCUUCCUCUGCUACCUCUGUCACCUCAAAGGCAACAGCCAGCUGGCCUGAGUCUCACUCCUCUGCAGAGUCUGCACCUUUAGCAAAGAAAAAGCCCCUCUUUAUUACAACUGACUCCUCCAAGCUGGUAUCUGGUGUUCUGGGCUCCGCUCUCAGCACUGGGAGUCCGAGUCUCUCUGCAGUGGGGAAUGGCCGCUCCAGCUCGCCCACCAACAGCCUCACCCAACCUAUUGAGAUGCCUACUCUCUCCUCCAGUCCCACAGAAGAGAGGCCAACUGUGGGGCCUGGCCAGCAGGACAAUCCGCUCCUCAAAACCUUCAGUACCGUCUUUGGCAGGCACUCAGGCAGCUUUCUCUCCGCCCCAGCAGAGUUUGCACAGGAGAACAAAGCACCUUUUGAAGCUGUAAAAAGGUUCUCAUUGGAUGAGCGAAGCUUGGCUUGCAGACAGGAUUCGGACUCCAGCACCAACAGUGACCUGUCAGAUCUGAGCGACUCAGAGGAGCAGCUGCAGGCCAAGAGUGGCCUGAAGGGGAUUCCAGAGCACCUGAUGGGGAAGCUAGGCCCCAACGGGGAGCGUAGUGCUGAGCUGCUACUGGGCAAGGGCAAAGGGAAGCAGGCCCCAAAGGGCCGGCCCCGGACUGCUCCCCUGAAAGUUGGCCAGUCGGUGCUGAAGGACGUGAGUAAAGUAAGGAAGCUGAAGCAGUCUGGAGAGCCCUUCCUGCAGGACGGCUCCUGCAUCAACGUGGCGCCUCACUUGCACAAGUGCCGAGAGUGCCGCCUGGAGAGGUACCGCAAGUUUAAGGAACAGGAGCAAGAUGAUUCUACUGUAGCCUGCCGCUUCUUUCACUUCCGGAGGUUGGUCUUCACUCGAAAGGGGGUGCUCCGUGUGGAGGGAUUUCUGAGCCCCCAGCAGAGUGACCCGGAUGCCAUGAACCUGUGGAUCCCCUCUUCCUCCCUAGCAGAAGGAAUAGACCUAGAAACCUCAAAAUACAUCUUGGCCAAUGUUGGGGACCAGUUCUGUCAGCUUGUAAUGUCUGAGAAGGAGGCCAUGAUGAUGGUGGAGCCACACCAGAAAGUGGCGUGGAAGCGAGCAGUGCGUGGAGUUCGGGAGAUGUGUGAUGUGUGUGAGACAACCCUCUUCAAUAUCCACUGGGUCUGUCGGAAAUGUGGAUUUGGGGUCUGCCUUGACUGUUACCGGCUCAGGAAAAGCCGUCCAAGGAGUGAGACAGAAGAAAUGGGGGAUGAGGAAGUUUUCUCCUGGCUGAAGUGUGCAAAGGGGCAGUCCCACGAACCAGAAAACCUCAUGCCCACCCAGAUCAUCCCUGGCACAGCGCUUUACAAUAUUGGAGACAUGGUACACGCUGCCCGGGGAAAGUGGGGGAUUAAAGCUAACUGCCCUUGUAUAAGUCGGCAAAGCAAAUCUGUUUUGAGACCUGCUGUCACCAAUGGGAUAUCACAGCUUCCCAGUGUAACCCCUAGUGCCUCUUCUGGAAACGAAACUACCUUCUCAAGCGGAGGCGGAGCUGCAGCGGUCACAAAUCCAGAGCCAGACCAAGUUCCCAAAGGUGCUGGCACUGACGGCAGAUCUGAGGAGCCCCUAAAAGCAGAAGGUUCUGCGUCAAAUAGCAAUAGUGAACUAAAAGCCAUCAGGCCCCCGUGCCCGGACACAGCCCCUCCUUCCUCUGCUCUGCAUUGGUUGGCCGACUUAGCAACUCAGAAGGCGAAAGAAGAAACGAAAGAUGCAGGGUCCCUGCGGUCGGUGCUCAAUAAGGAGUCUCAUUCACCCUUUGGGCUGGACUCAUUCAACUCUACUGCAAAAGUCUCUCCAUUGACUCCAAAGCUUUUUAACAGCCUGUUACUGGGUCCCACUGCCUCCAACAGCAAAACUGAGGGUUCUAGUCUUCGAGACCUCCUUCACUCUGGGCCCGGAAAGCUUCCUCAAACCCCCCUGGAUACAGGCAUACCCUUCCCCCCUGUUUUCUCUUCAUCCUCAGCAGUAGCGAAGAGCAAAGCCAGCCUACCCGACUUCCUCGACCACAUCAUCGCCUCAGUGGUAGAAAACAAGAAAACCUCAGAUCCCUCAAAGCGGUCCUGCAACCUGACCGACACCCAGAAGGAGGUGAAGGAGAUGGCGAUGGGGCUGAAUGUGCUCGACCCCCACACGUCUCACUCCUGGCUCUGCGACGGGCGCCUUCUGUGUCUCCAUGACCCCAGCAACAAAAAUAACUGGAAGAUCUUCCGAGAGUGUUGGAAACAAGGCCAGCCAGUGCUAGUUUCAGGGGUGCAUAAAAAGCUCAAGUCUGAACUCUGGAAGCCGGAAGCCUUCAGCCAGGAGUUUGGAGACCAGGACGUGGACUUGGUGAACUGCAGGAAUUGUGCUAUCAUUUCCGAUGUUAAAGUUCGAGAUUUCUGGGAUGGCUUUGAGAUCAUAUGCAAGAGACUACGGUCAGAAGAUGGGCAGCCAAUGGUGCUCAAACUCAAAGACUGGCCCCCUGGGGAAGAUUUCCGGGACAUGAUGCCUACAAGGUUUGAAGAUCUGAUGGAGAAUCUUCCUCUUCCAGAAUAUACCAAACGAGAUGGCAGGCUCAAUCUGGCUUCUAGGCUACCCAGCUACUUUGUAAGGCCUGAUCUGGGCCCCAAGAUGUACAACGCCUAUGGUUUGAUAACAGCAGAAGACAGAAGAGUUGGUACAACAAAUCUUCAUUUAGAUGUGUCAGACGCUGUUAAUGUGAUGGUGUAUGUUGGGAUCCCUGUCGGGGAGGGUGCUCACGAUGAAGAAGUACUCAAAACUAUUGAUGAGGGAGAUGCUGAUGAGGUGACCAAGCAGAGGAUUCAUGAUGGCAAAGAGAAGCCAGGAGCUUUAUGGCACAUUUAUGCAGCGAAGGAUGCAGAGAAGAUCCGAGAGCUGCUCCGGAAGGUUGGAGAAGAGCAAGGCCAAGAGAAUCCUCCAGAUCAUGACCCAAUUCAUGACCAAAGUUGGUAUCUGGACCAGAUCCUCCGAAAGCGACUCUUUGAAGAGUAUGGUGUGCAAGGCUGGGCCAUUGUGCAGUUCCUGGGUGACGCUGUCUUCAUCCCUGCUGGAGCCCCGCACCAGGUUCACAAUCUGUACAGUUGCAUAAAGGUCGCAGAAGAUUUUGUAUCUCCAGAGCACGUGAAGCACUGUUUCCGCCUGACUCAGGAAUUCAGGCAUCUCUCCAACACUCACACCAAUCAUGAGGAUAAGCUACAGGUGAAGAACAUCAUAUACCACGCAGUGAAAGACGCUGUCGGCACUCUCAAGGCCCACGAAUCCAAGCUCGCAAGGUCCUAAAACCUGGGGUACUUCAGCUCUCCUGUCAAGCAGGCCUUUCACAACACUUACCAGGGAACGGCAGGGUUCUCUGCAGGAGCAGAGGCCCUUCCCCAAGCCAGUGUGGUCAGUAUUACAAACUCCAGCCGCUCUUUCUGUGCUGCCUCAACACUGAAGGGUGACACAAGCAAGUCGCACUGUUGACACACAGUGUCAGACUCAAGCCGAGGGUGCCACAUUCCCAUCCAGUGGCCUUUUGGGAAUCCAGGUUGCUUGAACAUUGCUGGGCUCUCCUGCACAUUCUCCUGGUUUGAGACCAUGGAAACCAGGAAUGUGGGCACACCUUCCUUUCCUGUUCCUCUUGUGCCUGGCUAACUAGGGAUGUGUUUGGAGGCAGAGGAAGUCAUAACUGGCAACAUAAGGUGAUGACUUACUGUGCCUGGUGAGAGCCUGGCAGUGUCUCCACACGUGACCUCUGACCUGGCCCAUCCUAGGAGAUGGGGGUGCAGCCCUUCCCGUACUCUCCAUGAACACCGGAGUCUUCAGGACCCAGGGAGAGCCCACUGCUUUUCCCAGGAGGCUCCAGGAUUAGGAAACGUGUAUUUAGUGAAAAAUAGGUUUGUAGUGAAAUAGUUACUAUUUCAUGAAAGUAGAUAUUUUUAGAACUUUUGAAAUAACAGUUGUUUUCCUGGACUAUGAGGAAAGGCACAUUACAGUUAGUCUUCCUUUCGAUAAAACUCUUUGAAAAGAAAUAUGAUUUUUAGAAAUCAGCUGCCCCUUAUAGCACAAAAUCAGCCAAAGCGUGAUUUAAAAGAAUUGGCUUUUUAUUAGGAGUUUUUUAGUUUCUCCGCGUCCUUCUCAGUCUUAUCUUGAGGGAGCAGUCAUCUGAGAAAGAACUGCAUCAUGUCUGAGCUUCGGAGUGUUCCCUGCACGUGAACUGCUGACCCCAGGAGCUGUGUCACCAAUUACCAGCGUUCCCUUGGGACUCCUCAUGUGUGUCCAAACGGGGUGGAAAGUUUGAUCUCCAAUAUAAAGAAGUUUUGCUUUUGUUUUUUGGAGUUUUGUCUAGAAUAUUUUCAGCAAAGCUUUCCAACUCAGUGGAGUUUUUAUUAAGGAUUUACUUGGAAAUGAUAGAAUUCAUUGGCCCAUAGGUGCAUUGGGAAAUGUGUCUCUUUCCAGGUGUACUACCCUGCAGCCUUGUUUAUAUGUUCACAGUUACUUUCUUUUUUUUUUUUUUUUAAAUAAAAGUCAUUUAUUGUAGAAUACUUUUAAUUUCACUUUCUGUAUUUUAAUUUUAUUGAAGGGCUGAUUGGGAUUUCCAUGUUCUUAUUAAAAAAUCUAACAAAUCUCUUUGGAGUAGACAAAAUUCUUUCUCUACCAACCUUUCUAAAGUCAAGAAAGUCUCUCACAUUGGGUGUGAGAGAUGGAGUUGAUUUCAGGGUUUCCUACUGCCCUGCCUGCAUCUGGUCAUUGCACUUUGCUGUUUGAAUUGUGCUUAGUUGGGAGGAAGACAGACAGUGGGGAUGGAGCCAUGUGAGCUGGGAAGUGGAGAGAGGGUUCCCAGUUUGUGCUCAUUGAACAGAAUGGAGUACGUGCAAUCCUGCUAGGAGCCGUGCAAUCCUGCUAGGAGCCGGAUGAGAGACGCCUGCCCUGACGUGCAGCCUGGACAGAGCUGCAGGCCAGGCUGUGAGGCUGCAGUCGCCUGCCUGCCUUAACCUGUG